UUCGUCAACGGACUCUUCCUCAUCUUCACAGCCUUCUUCAUCUUCUCUGAAGGAGUGGAGAGAGCUUUGGAGCCUCCUGACGUUCACCACGACCGUCUGCUUCCUGUCUCUGUGGCCGGUCUGCUCGUGAACCUGGUUGGGAUCUUCGUGUUCCAGCACGGAGGACACGGACACUCGCACGGAGAGGGAGGUCACGGUCACAGCCACUCUCUGUUUAACGGCAGUGUGAAUCAAGGACACAGUCACGGAGGACACGACCACCACAAACACGCAGACAAACACGAACACGGAGGACACGGUCACAGUCAUGAUGGUCAUGGAGGUCAUGGAGGUCACAGUCAUGAUGGUCAUGGAGGUCACAGUCAUGGUGGUCAUGGAGGACACAGCCACGAGGAGCCACACUGUCACGACGAUCUGCUGCACACUCCAGGGAAAGGAGCCAGUAAACAGAUCCUGCAGGGCGUCCUGCUACACAUCAUCGCUGACACUCUGGGCAGCGUGGGCGUGAUCAUCUCGGCUCUCCUGAUGCAGAAAUACGACCUGAUGAUUGCUGAUCCGAUCUGCUCCAUGCUGAUCGCUCUUCUCAUCGGAGUCAGUGUGGUGCCGUUGCUGAAAGAGUCCAUCGGGAUCCUGAUGCAGAGAACUCCGCCCUCCCUGGACAACGCCCUCCCUGAGUGUUACCAGAGGGUGCAGCAGCUGCAGGGAGUUUAUAACCUGCAGGAGCCUCACUUCUGGACCCUGUGCACGGACGUUUACAUUGGAACAUUAAAGCUGCUGGUUGCCCCCGACGCAGACACACGCUGGGUCCUCAGCCAGACGCACCACAUAUUCACACAGGCCGGAGUUCGACAGCUCUACGUUCAGAUGGAAACAGCCGCCAUGUAGAAGCUCCUCCUCCUCUGAACACCUGGGACCAAUCACCUUCAGUCUGCUGCAGGUGACCUCUGACUCCACCCUCAAGGUCACUACAGGUCAGACCGAGAAGGGGGUGGGGGUGUGUGACUGAUCUCCCAUGAUGCACCAGCCCAACGCAUCCUGGAUGAACUCAAAAUGCCCCUCCCCCUUUUUUUAACCUCACCUGUCCAUCAGCGGACAGCGUGACCCCCCCCAGCUGCACUUUGUAGACUGGAGCAAAGCAUUCUGGGUAAGUGCCUUCAUUAUAAAUCAGAGACAAUCUGAGCCUGUUUCCUGUUUGGAUGCCCCUCCCCCUGUGACAUCACUGCUGGGACCAUACUGCUGCCAGCUGAUUGGAGAGCGGUGUGUGUGAUGUCGCCAUGUUUUUUUUUUUUUUAACGUGCCAAAUCAUGUGACCAAACCUUGUGACCAGUCUUGGGGUUUCAUUCUUUUUCAACUGUAAUAAAUAAUUCUGUUUCUCUGA